ACCAUUGGCAACCAGGAGGCGCAGCCUGAGAGAAAUAUUAGAACAGCUAGCGUUAGUUAAAUUAGGUUAAAUAUUUUAACGUUUUAUGUUUUAGGGGUUAUUUGUUUAUAAUAAUAAAAUAAAAAUAGCCAUGAACUACCUUUACACACAUUCAGAGCUAAAGCAGAUAUGUUUUACUCUUUAAAAAGAGGGUUAUAAGAAAAAACAGAGCGAGAGCUGCAGUUUAACAGUUAGUUAAUUGACGUUACUGAGCUAACCAACUAGCGUUAGCUAUUUAAGCUAAGAGAAACGCUCCGGCUUUAGGCGGUUUAGUUGAUUUUCUGUAUUUUUAAUUUAUUGUGUUGAAAAUGCGCUCUAAUAAGCAACAGGGCAGCACACCAGGACACUGUUUAACACCCACGGUCAACAGCUACAAGCUACACAUUGCAGCUGUAAAGUCUUUGCUACCUGAAAGACUCUUACAAAGACCUCUUGAGAUGCGGCUUUCAAAGGACCCAACAAAAGCUAACAUGAAUGUCUUGAGAGCUAAUCCACCCAGGCCAGAUAGCAGGCUGUCCAUGUAUUACAGACCCUACCAUUCCCCGAUGCUGGCCUUUGUGAAUGAGUUUGUGAGGUCAGAGCGAGUUCUAUUGCCACCUCCAGCAACUGCCCACUCUGGAGUAAUGGGGGACUUGGGGGCUCAAGCACAUAGGGGAAAGGUCCAACGAGCUAUUCGCAGUGCUGGGGCCAUCUACUCCCACAGCAAAGCUCCUCCCAUCCCACAAAAUGCAGGUGAUGCAGUAUUGCUGAAUGAAAGGCCAUCUCCAGGAUUUCCCAUCAGUUUCUGCUCCAGAGAUGACUGUACAGCCAGCCUUGACAGACUGGAUCUGAAAUGUCGUGGUCUGAUGGAAUUUCCACACCUGGAUGGAAUGAAUAAGCUCCGCCUCCUCAACCUGCAGCACAACCUCAUAUCUGACCUCCCACACCUGGCACACCUGAAGCGGCUUGCAUUCCUUGAUUUAUAUGACAACCGCCUGACCGACAUGUCAGCCAUCUCCUCUCUCUCUGCGCUCCGGGUGCUCAUGCUUGGCAAGAACAGAAUUCAAAGAAUAUGCGGCCUGGACAACUUGACCAAACUCGAUGUGCUGGACUUGCACAAUAACCAGAUUAGUAAGAUGGAGAACCUGUCUCACCUGUCAGAACUGCGUGUGCUCAACCUGGCAGGUAACUGCAUCUGCAGAGUGGAGAACUUGCACGGCUUGGACUCACUGACAGAACUCAACCUCAGAUACAACCAUAUCUCUAGUGUGACGGAGGUGGACCUGCUGUCCUGUCUCCAGCGCCUGUUUCUCAGCUCCAACAGCAUCAGCAGUUUUGAUGAGCUGGCCUGUCUGGGACUCUCCUGCUCUCUGUGCGAGCUCACCCUGGAUGGGAACCCAGUAGCUCAGGAGUCAUGCUACAAACAGGCCGCGCUGCGCUGUGUGCUUCCACUCCGGCUCCUGGACAUGAAGCGCAUCACCGACGAGGAGAGACGCGCAGUGAGUCUUGUAGCGCGAAAGGAGGAUGAGAAGAAGCGCGAGAGCCACAAGCACACUGCUCAUAAGGAGAAGCGUCGCUUGGCAAUCCGCAAUGCAGCGCAACAGUGGGAAGGAUCCAAGAACUGUCUGGAGCUUCCUGCUCAAAACGGAGCCAAGGAAGAUCUCAGCCCUGAGAACAGCCCCGCCCACUGCCCCGCCCAGACCAAUGGCAUUGCUCAAGAGCCUUCACCUGACGAGCUGAGAAAAGACAAAGGGAGUCCAUUCACCCUUUCAGAGCGUCCAGCAGGGGGCAGUGAGAGUAGGUUCCGUUCAACCAGCCGCCCCAACAGCCCCCGAGACCCCAGACUUCAGGAGACGGGGGGUCCUAGCGUGCAGAGUCUGUCGCUGUCGGAGAGCCAUGUGGCUGAGCUGGAUGGGGAGACGGUGCGUCUGUUCGGCCCUGGAGCCUUGGAGGCUCUGGAGAGGGGCUGGGGGGUGCAGACUGCCAGCGCUGUCACCACCAUCACCUUCCGCUACAUUCAGUUUGAUAGCAUCGUCCCCACCCUGCCUCGCAUCCGCCUCAAAUUCCCCAACCUAGUGCAUCUGAUCUUCAUGGAGACUAAUAUAACACGGCUGCUGCAGUUAGCUGCUUUAGCGCAGGUCCGGCGACUGGAACAGGUCACCAUUCACCCAGAGGGGAAUCCAGUAGUCAGCCUGACUCUGUGGAGAGCCUUCCUUAUCUACAGACUCAACCACCUCAGCCUGCAGAAGAUCAAUGGAACUGAGGUGACCUUGAAUGAUGUCAUGGCGUCAGAGCGCCUUUUUGGAACUCUGGGUCACGUUGCUUCCACAGAAACUCCACGCUGUCGUUUGUUGCUGCUACUGGAAGAGUCUAGCUAGGCCGAUUAUCCCACCAAUCCAGCUGCUGCUCAGCUGUAUAUCCUUUAUCACUAGUGAUACUACAGCACAAGGAGUGUGAAGACUAGCAUGUUUCCUUCGACACAUGUGAAGUCAGCCACCACCUCUUUUCCAACUGCUGCUGAUGCAGCAUUUGUGUAUAAUAGUGUUUAAUAUGGUGGACUCUUAUUAGUGUUAUUUCAAUAAUUCAUUCAUGCCUAAUAAAUACUUUUAUUAUGGUAAGGAAAAAUAAUGAAAAAACAUUAAUCAGUGCCUGUUAUUUAUUGUUUUAUUAUUUUUAUUAUUUAUUAUUUAUUGCCCAUUUUUGAAUAUUGAUGUCUAAUUCGAAAUUGUAAAAAAUAAAUAAAAUUGUAUUGUAACAUUUUGUUCCAAUAUUCUUAUCAGAACUAGGCAUAUAGAAUGUAAUGUAAUUUAAUUAAUUAGCAUUUAAAUUUUUAGAUCUGUAAAAGCAAAUAAUUAGCAUUUUUGAAGAAGCUCUUUUAUCUCCAGCACUUUCUGUAAAUUCUGUGGAUUAGGUCAGAUAAAUAAACACAGAUUCACACACUGUCUUGUAAUGAUGCUCUCAGGACUUUUACUGUAUGUCAAUUAGGAACCUCAUGAGUUAAAGUAAAAGACAGAGUGCUUUGAGGAGCUUUACAUACAGCUUUUAAAUGGUCUGUGUCACAUAUUUCUUAAAAUCAUUAUAAAAACUGUUCAAAAUCUGUUUAAAUAUGGACAUGAAUGGGUUAAAUUGGCCUUGCCUGAGAAAUGGACCAGAUUGCUGACUCCCAUCUUCCCCCCUCCGUUCAUCCUUCAACUCCCCCUGACCGCUCACAGCAGUGCAGCGUCCUUGAACUGGACGUGGAAGUGAAUGCCGUUGAUUAAUGGUUCAUUAUUGUAUGAGGGGUCUUGCGGUCACUUUCAGAGAGCCUGAAGUUUCCUCUUUAUAGUCCAGAGGUGUGAGCGUGGUGGUGGUGGCUGCCAGAGAGGAUGCAAGGGUGUGUGUGGGCAUGGAUGUACGGGUGUGUUUGUGUGUGUAAGUUCCUGAGAUAUUUUUAUAGCCCUGGCAGUAGGUCGUGUGUGUAAAUGUGUGCUCAUGGCCUGGUGAUGGCAGGCCAGUGCUUGUUCAAAGCAGCUGCCAUUUUUCAUCCCUUACAGCACUGUACGGACGUGUGUAUGAGAGAGAGAGAGUGAGAGAGAGAGUGAGAGAGAGAGAGAGAGAGAGAGAGAGAGAGAGAGAAUCAGCCGCUGGUUGAGAAUUACCUAAACACCGCAGGCUGUGUUGGCUGAGGCUCCAGUAGGGAACUCUUCAUAUGAAACAUAGUUUCUCAAUGAGCUGCUUCCAGGUAUUCCAGCUGAUACACCUACAGAGCAGCAGUGACUGACUGAGCUUAGACACGCACUGAAGAUUGGAUUAAAGGAGUCGUUUGGCAACAAAAUAAAACAUACACAAUUUCCCUGCCUUACCCCUUACGCCCUUACCCAACAUACAGUACAAGUCAAUAGUGUGGACGCAGCUUAAUUUCAGUGUUUUUUGUAGAUUAAUACUAAAGUCAACCAAAUUAUGAAGCAAAACAUAUGGAAUUCUAUAGUUAACAUAGAUGUGUCAAACAAACCAGAAUAUGUUUUAUUUUUUAGAUUCUUCAAAGUAGCACCUUUUGCAUAGAUGACAGUUUUGCACAUCUUGGCUGGAUUUUCUCAGUCAGAUUUAUGAGGUAGAGUCACCUGGAAUUCAGGCUUUCAGUUAACAGCUGUGCUGAACUUAUCAAGAGUUAAUUGUGAAGAGUGAAGAGGCAGAGUUGGUAUACAGUGAAAUACCCUAUUUGAGUCAUGAUCUAAUCCAUAUAAUGGCAAGAACUACUUAACUAAGUAAAGAAAAAAAUGUAUUUAGGAAAUAAAGAUCAAUCAGCCCAAAAAAUGUUAAGUACUUUAAAAAUAUCAAGUGCAGUCACAUAGACCAUCAAAAACGUUCUGAUGAAACUGACUCUCAUCAGGACCACCCAAUCUUUUUUGGUAGACGUGGAUGCUCUGUGCUCCAGAUCAAAGUAAAAACAAAAAUGGCCAAUCACACUAUUAUUAACAGAAAUUCCAAAACCUGUCUUGGUGUGCCGUUGUGUUGCUACACUUUUGUAAUGCAGCAUAAUUGCCAAAAAGUACAUUUAGAUCUUAGAGCAAUCUAUGAUGCAUUUAAGAUGACAUCUUUUUCUUUUUCAGACUGUGCAAAACUAAAUUCAAAAUAAAUUGAAAACGCCAUUUGAUUGUGCUUUGUAUUAUUUUCCCACAUUUUUCCCUAAUUUUACCUAAUUUUCUAAAAGUUGUAAUUGAUUUAAACUGAAUUACAACGAAUAAUACGACACUAAUAGUGUAUACACACUUAAAACUGCAGUACUAAUUACUUCCUGAUUGGAAGUAAUAUAUAUUUUUUUUUGCUGUUUAGGUCUGUGUAUGGUUGAGUGGUACUGAACAGCAGGCAACUGAUUGGAGUAAUUGUGUAUAGCUAUGAUGUCUGCACUAUUAUCUGCAAACACACUAUUUACUCACAGGAUUUAAAAUUUAAACAUACUGUAACAAUGUGCAACAAUAGGACAUCAGCAGCCAGAGUCUGAGUCUCCCCACAUCACACCCAAAGCUAGGGGUAUUAGUAGUAUAAGACAGAUUGCUGGUUAGAGAGUAAUUAAGCUUCUAAACUGUGAAGAAAAUGGGAUAAAAAAAAAAAAAAAAAACAAUGUGCAACAAUAGCAAUGUGCCAUCUAUAUUGAUGUAAAUAUACAUAUACAGUACCUUAUAAAAAUACAAUACCUUAUCUUCAUAGAUGAAAAUAAUUGAUUGUAUCUAAACUGUUGACUCUGU